AAGAACAAAAAUUUCAUUAAACAGCCAUUUCCUUUUUCUCUGGUUCAAGUUGUGAGUGAUGAUCAGGAAAAGUGUCAGUAAUUCCAACCAUAAUCAACGGUCGAAUUUAUGGCAAAGAUGUACAAGUUUCAGAAAACUUAAACAAAUCCAAGGUUUGAUGAUAAUCAAGGGAUUCAAUUCAAACCCAUAUUCCCUUAGAGAGUUAAUAUAUACAUGUUCUGUUGGUUUAUCAGGAAGUAUGGAUUAUGCUCAUAAACUGUUUGAUCAAAUUACCGAACCAGAUCUUUUCAUUUGGAAUACUAUGAUUAGAGGUUCAGCUCAGAGUUCUAAACCUAUCAAAUCCGUAUGUCUUUAUAAACAGAUGAUUCAAAAAGACAUUCAACCAGAUAAUUACACUUACCCUUUUGUUCUUAAAGCUUGCACAAAACUUUCUUGGAUUCAGAUGGGCAAUCAAAUCCAUGGGAAAGUUGUAAAAAUCUGUUUAGAAUCGGAUACUUUUGUGAGAAAUACUUUGAUCCAUCUUAAUGCAAAAUGUGGGGAUUUGAAGGUGGCAGGGGUUCUUUUUGAGGGAUCAGGGAACAGGGAUGUAGUUGCCUAUUCGGCUUUAACAGCUGGAUAUGCCAGAAGAGGAGAAUUGGAAAUUGCUAGGCAGUUAUUUGAUGAAAUGCCUACAAGAGAUAUGGUUUCUUGGAAUGUUAUGAUUACGGGAUAUGUCAAGUGUGGGAAUAUGGAGAGAGCGAGGAAACUCUUUGAUGAAGUCCCCCAACGAGAUGUGGUUACUUGGAAUGCGAUGAUUGCAGGUUAUGUUCUUGCUGAGUCUUAUGAAAAAGCUUUCGAGAUGUUUGAGGAGAUGAGAAUUGCAGGAGAACAGCCAGAUGAAGUGACAAUGCUGAGUUUGUUAUCUGCUUGUACAGAUUCUGGAAGUCUGGAUAUUGGGGAGAGGAUACAUCGCUCUAUGACGGGGAUGGGGUCAAGAAAUUUAAGUGUUGUUUUGGGGAAUGCGCUUGUUGAUAUGUAUGCUAAAUGUGGGUACAUUGGGAAAGCAAUUGAAGUGUUUAGGGGGAUGAGGGAAAAAGAUUCAUCGACGUGGAAUUCGAUUAUUGGGGGAUUAGCUGUACAUGGUUAUGCUAAGGAGUCGAUCGAUUUGUUUGAAGAGAUGCAAAGAGAAAAAACUCAGCCAGACGAGAUCACAUUUAUUGGAGUAUUAGUUGCUUGUAGUCAUGGUGGGAUGACCGAAAAGGGCCGUAAGUAUUUUGAGCUUAUGAGAAUUCAAUAUGGAAUAGAGCCUAACUUGAGGCACUAUGGUUGUAUGGUAGACAUGUUAGGACGAGCAGGGCUACUUGAAGAAGCAUUUGAAUUUGCAGAACUGCUGGACGUUGUACCAAACCCUAUAAUUUGGAGGACUUUGCUUGCUGCUUGUAGGAUACAUGGUAAUGCUGAGCUGGGUAAACGUGCAAACGAGCAACUUCUGGCAUCCAGACAUGAUCAAAGUGGAGAUUUUGUGUUGUUGUCAAAUAUAUAUGCAUCAGAAGGUCAAUGGGAAGGUGCACAGAGUGUAAGGAAGUUGAUGGAAGAUAGAGGAGUGAAGAAAGAAACUGGUUGUACCCUAAUUGAGACUGAUAACAAGGAACUAAUGCAUUUUUUAUUUGAUUCAAAAUCCACGGCGACUUCAAGAAGCCAUAAUCUUUGAUUAUACUUCCAAGGGUUAUAGGGAUACUGCACACAAGUGCAUACCAUCCAGUUUUCAGAAAUCCGAUUGCACUUAUGGAGACUGGACGGAACAGUUUUCUGAAAUUCCAUUGAGCUUAUGGAGACUGGAUGGAACAAAAAUGUCGAUAUCCAGAUCCAGAUUCAGCAUUUAUCUGUCACCAGAUCCAGAUUCAGAUUCAGCAUUUAUCUGUCAAAUAAUGCGGCGCUGGUAUGAGGCUGUUGCCUGCGGAAGAAAAUGAGAGCGAAUUUGUAUAUCGAGCAAAACAACAGAGGUUUGGCCAGUGAUAAAAAGAAACAAUGCUAGAAACCUUAUGAAGAAAAGGAACAACAGUGGUUGAAGGAAUAAUUUGACUUUCUUGAUUCUUACGGGUGUCAAGAACCAGUUAAAGAUGAAGCUGAAGAGUCUGACAGCGAAGGAGAGCCAGAGCCGGUGGAAGGAGACCCGGUACUCCUAAUUCAGUAGACCUUCUAGUAGCAGAAGAUGAGGCUCUGGACAUCGAGGAGAAUCAGUACUUCUUUGCGGGAUACUUGAUUACUUGCUCAGAUGUGUGUUCUAGGCAUUGUAGAUAACUGUUACUUUCAUCUUUCAUGUAAUGAAAGUGCUUUGGCCAUCAUUUUUUUGUGGGGCUUGCAUGAAGAUGAUUGAAGAGCUGAUUUUUUUAUGGUGUUGUUCCCUAAAUCCAACUGAUCACCAUAAUUUUGCCAUCUCUUUGAUCAUCCUGCAAUGUCUAACCCUUAAAAAUCAUCCUUGAAACUGUCAGAAUUUUGCCAUCUCUUUCUGGUUGUUAGCUAUGCUUUUUGAACUUCUGAAUUCUGAUACAGCUGAAAUAAAGCAAUUACUUCUGAUUAUUUAUAUCGUCAUUAUACCAGAAAAUUGGUGGCACAACAAUAAAGCUGUGGUUAAUCGCAUAACUGGAGGAGUUUUUUUGUCUACAUCUCGUCAGAUUUCGAAUGUUGGCGUACUGAUGUCUAUUUGUGAGUAGA